ACCAAAUCCAAAGCCGAGACAAUCAGUCGACAGCAAUGAUGAGCCAGUUAAAUCAAUUAAAUGAUCAUCACCAAACACGUUAGGCAAAAUCAAUCCGGACGGCGGCGAGCUGGAAAGCAGGAGGAGCCGAGCUGGAAUAAAAUCGGCGGCGACCGACGACAGGAGGAUUACAGAGGGAAAGCUCGUUUUGGCUUGAAAUCCAAGCCAGUACUCCCUUGCCAUCAUCAUCGCCACCACCUCCCCCGUCCCGUCCCGCUUCUCUUCCCUUCCCCGUCCCAUUCCCUUUCCCUCAUCGCCGCCGUCCCAGAUAGGCAGGUAGCUCCGCUGAUCAGGGUCUCUUCCUCCCCCAAGACCAUCUGCGCCCCCAUCCUCCGUCUGAUUCUUGCUUCGCGCCGCCGCGCGCAGCAAAGGGGCAAGAAGUGAGCAAAAGGAGAAAGUCGAUCGGCUGGUCAUUAUGCGGCGGUGGUUUUGCUGCGCACAUGUUGACACACCGUAUCAGGAAAACGGGGAUGAGUUUCCCAGCAGUCCUGAAAGGGCAAAUGGUAAUGGUUUUACUCAAAUUGGUGAUCAUGGAAAAGCACCUCCCUCCAUUGAAGUACCUGAAUUGUCAUUUGAUGAACUGAAAGAAAAGACGGAUGAUUUUGGGUCAAAAGCUUUGGUUGGUGAGGGUUCGUAUGGAAGAGUGUAUUAUGCUGUUCUAGAGAACGGGACACAUGUGGCUGUGAAAAAGCUUGAUACUUCAGCAGACCCUGAGCCUGACAAUGAAUUUAUAGCGCAGGUCUCCGUUAUUUCUAGAUUAAAACAUGAGCAUUUUGUUGACAUGCUUGGGUACUGUCUGGAAGGAGAUCAACGCUUACUGGCCUACGAAUUUGCUACUAUGGGUUCUCUACAUGAUAUUUUGCAUGGGAGAAAGGGUGUUGCUGGUGCACAGCCUGGCCCAGCACUUGACUGGAUGCAAAGGAUCAACAUUGCUGUUGAUGCUGCAAAAGGGCUUGAGUAUCUUCACGAGAAGGUCCAGCCUUCUGUAGUCCAUCGGGACAUACGGUCGAGCAAUGUACUUUUGUUUGAGGACUACAAAGCUAAAAUUGCAGAUUUCAACCUUUCAAAUCAAUCGCCAGAUAUGGCUGCUCGUCUACAUUCUACUCGUGUGCUUGGAACCUUUGGAUAUCAUGCUCCCGAGUAUGCCAUGACUGGCCAACUGACACAAAAAAGUGACGUGUAUAGCUUUGGGGUUGUUCUUUUGGAGCUCCUAACUGGAAGGAAACCAGUAGAUCACACGAUGCCAAGGGGACAGCAGAGUCUUGUUACCUGGGCAACACCAAGGCUUGGUGAGGACAAGGUAAAACAAUGUGUUGAUCCAAGAUUAAACGGAGAGUACCCUCCAAAAGGAGUUGCCAAGCUCGCGGCGGUGGCAGCGCUCUGUGUGCAAUACGAGUCUGAGUUUAGACCUAGCAUGAGCAUUGUAGUCAAAGCAUUGUCGCCCCUUAUUAUUAAUAAACCUCAGCAGCAACCGGGAGCUCCAGACACGCCUUCAGAUACUUGACAACAUGUGCAAUGCGAGGUUCAUGUAAAGUGCUACCAAUUUUCCUCGGUUGCCCUGGCAGGUACUGCUUGCCCAUAUUUCUUGUGGUCAUCGAGGACUACUGCAGUUAAUUGUUUUUUUUUUUGUGUCCUUUUCACUCCUAUACCUGUAUUCUUUUUUCUGUGUUAUGUGUUCUUCAGGCAGUAGCUGAUGCUUCCUUUCACCUUGUAAUUGGGUUGCUCAUACUUCGAUCUCAGUGGUUAAUAAUGCCUUAAUUCUUUGAGUUUGUAUUCUAGUGUUUAUAGAUUAAAAUGCCACAAGUGCUAAUGCAUGUUUGUUGAGUUUUUUUAAUAGAGUUUAGAUUCUCUGCC